GUAUCGAAAGCGCGUCCCUCCUUCCCCUCCUUCCCCUCCUUCUCCUUCUUCUUCUUCGAGAUCGAUAUAUAAGGAACCUCACUGGCAAUGGCAAAGAAGGCGCUGGCAAAGGACCAGAUAGUCAAGUUGAUUGUGGGCGCGGGACAGGCGAGUCCGAGUCCGCCGGUCGGUCCGGCGCUGGGAAGUAAAGGUGUGAAGAGCAUGGAUUUCUGCAAGGAAUUCAACGCCCGUACCGCGCAUUACAUCCCCGGCACGCCCAUCCCCGCGCGCAUCACCGUCCGCCCAGACCGGAGUUUCCACUUCUCCCUCCGCACGCCCCCGACCGCCACGCUCCUCCUCUCCGCCGCCGGUGUCCUGCCCACAAAAUCCAAAGUCCGCGGCGCGGGCAACGUGCCGGGCCCCAUGAACAACCACGAGGGCGCAAAGGGCAAGACGAGCACGAGUUCGCCUACGGCGGGGAACGCGACGCUCGGGACCGUGGGCACGGUGAGCUUGAAGCAUGUAUAUGAGAUUGCGCGGAUCAAGCAGGAGGAGGGGAGGUUGAAGGGGUUGAGUCUCGAGGGGUUGUGUAGGAGUGUUGUGGGGCAGGCGGGGAGUUUGGGGGUUGUGGUCGUGCCGUAGGUCUUUGGAUGGUUUGUUGGAUGGUGUAAGACGUUUGUUUUUGGAGACUUGGGGAAGAAGAGGGGGGUUCAAUUCGGAAAGGACGGAAUGGGAUUGAAACGGAAAGAGAUGAGGAAAUGUAAGGGCAAUGCGCGCGGGCCGGACAACGCGAUUGGAGUGGUUUGCAUGAGAGGGGGCAUGGAGCUCCUUGUAUCCGCCGCCCUAUCCUGCCCUGAGAAGAGAGGACUUUUCUGUGGGAUCUAAAGAAGCAUCGACGUAUGAGUCGUCGGAAACGUGCCGGGGUAUACCCUUUUUAUUCUUUUAGGUUACUGUAUCAAAGCAUGUAUAAAAUAGAAGUACAAAGACCAUCAUUUUCAUCGAC